AGAAAAAUGCCUUAAUAUCAAUAGAAACUUCACCUACACACUACGAAGAAAACCCAAAAAAAGUGUCAAUCAGUGAAACAUCACUCAGUUCUUAUUUAAACAACAAUAUUAAUUCCUCCGUCAAAACAAAUAAAUAUAACCUUUCACAGCUACUGAGAAUACCACUACCUGCAGAGAUGGUGAUCACAAUUUUUCUUCUCGUGUUGGCCAUUCCUUCUCCCCUUAUCAAAACAGCCGAAUCACUAAGUUUCAACAUAACAAACUUCCACGGGGCCAAAAGCAUGGCAUACGAGGGUGAUGGCAAAGUAAACAAAAACGGGUCCAUAGAGCUAAACAUAGUGACCUAUCUUUUCCGGGUUGGAAGAGCCUUUUACAAACAACCUCUGCACCUGUGGGACUCAUCUUCUGGUGUUGUAAACGACUUCUCCACACGCUUCACUUUCACUAUUGCCAGAGCCACCAACGACACCAUUGGUGAUGGUUUCGCCUUCUACUUAGCCCCUCGUGGCUACCGGAUUCCUCCGAACGCAGCCGGUGGAACUUUAGGCCUCUUCAACGCCACCACCAAUGCAUAUAUUCCCCAUAACCAUGUGUUUGCGGUUGAGUUUGACACAUUUAAUAGCACAAUUGACCCUCCCUUUCAGCACGUUGGCGUAGAUGAUAACUCUCUCAAAUCCGUGGCUGCUGCUGAGUUUGACAUUGACAAAAACCUCGGAAACAAAUGUAACGCUUUGAUAAACUAUACUGCUUCCAGCAAGAUCCUCUUUGUGUCUUGGUCCUUUAACAAUUCCAAUUCCACUAAUUCUUCCCUUUCUUACAAGAUUGACCUCAUGGACAUUCUACCUGAGUGGGUGGAUGUUGGCUUCUCCGCUGCCACUGGACAAUAUACCCAACGGAACGUUAUUCACUCGUGGGAAUUCAGUUCAUCCACUGCUUCAAAAAACCACAAUAAUGUUCUGCUGGUUGUUGUGGUAACCUGUUCAACAGUCUUGGUGGUCGUGGUCGUUGUCGUGAGUGUUGCAGCUUGGGUAAUGAUCACAAAAAAGAGAAAGGGUAAGGUAGACAAUGAUAAUAAUGGUGAACGUGGAGCCACCCCGGUUAAGUUUGAUUUGGAUAGGGCAACUUUACCUAGAAGAUUUGAUUACAAAGAACUAGUUGUAGCUACCAAAGGGUUCGCGGAUGAUGCAAGGCUUGGACGAGGUAGCUCGGGACAGGUUUACAAAGGGGUUCUGAGUGAUUUAGGAAGGGUUAUUGCUGUGAAAAGGAUUUUCACUAGCUUUGAAAAUUCAGAGAGAGUUUUCAUCAAUGAAGUUAGGAUCAUAAGCCGUCUUAUACACAGAAACCUGGUGCAGUUCAUCGGGUGGUGCCACGAGCAAGGGGAGUUUCUGUUGGUUUUUGAGUUCAUGCCUAAUGGAAGCCUCGACACCCAUCUCUUCGGGGAGAAAAAAACUUUGGCCUGGGAUAUUAGGUACAAGGUAGCACUAGGGGUGGUUUUGGCCCUUCGUUAUCUUCAUGAGGAUGCAGAGCAAAGUGUUCUUCAUAGGGAUAUUAAGUCAGCUAAUGUGUUAUUGGACAUGGAUUUUAGCACCAAGCUUGGCGAUUUUGGGAUGGCAAAGUUGGUGGAUCCAAGGUUGAGAACUCAGAGGACAGGGGUAGUGGGGACUUAUGGGUACCUUGCACCAGAAUAUAUCAAUGGAGGUAGGGCAAGCAAGGAAUCAGACAUUUAUAGCUUUGGGGUUGUGGCUCUUGAAAUUGCAUGUGGGAGAAGGAUUUAUCAAGACGGGGAGUUUCAUGUACCUCUCGUGAAUUGGGUGUGGCAAUUAUAUGUGGAAGGGAAUGUUCUAGGUGCUGUUGAUGAGAGAUUGAACAAUGAGUUUGAGGUGGAUGAAAUAACAAGAUUGAUUGUUAUGGGGUUGUGGUGUACUAACCCAAACGACAAAGAAAGGCCCAAGGCUGCACAAGUAAUAAAAGUUCUUCAGCUUGAAGCGCCAUUGCCUGUGCUUCCGCUUGAUAUGCAUAACGCUUAUCCUCCUUCUCUAGUUACCCAUGGGCAACCCACCUACAAUUCCUCAUGUUCAGUACCCUUCACUAAUAGCUUCGUCAGUGUUGGACGCUAAUUUCCUGAGCAAGGCAGAAAAAACAAUCUGUUUCGGGCAGCAGGCUUAUGAUGUAGUGUGCUUCAUAUGUUAAUUUAGUUUAGUCUUAUGAUUUUCAUUACUUUUGUGGUGAAAUGUUUAAUUAAUGGCUUGUUAUAUAUAGGUAAGUGUCCAGAAAUAAUCUCUUUGCAUAUGUAAGGGUUAGUUAGGCUAGCUACCAAUGACCAUUCGUCAUAUAUUUGCAAAGUAAGAAGCCUUGUUUGAUCAUGGUA